AGCUCGACAGAGUUCGAGAGAGCUCGUCACCCCAGGCGAUCGUUUAGUUAAUAAAAAUCUCUACCAUUGUAAUUUUCGAAUUUCCAAAUUAAUUCUGCAUCAUCUUGAGAAUUGAUCUUGUUUCCGACUUCAGAAUCAGCCUCGAGCAUAAGAGGCGAUUCCGUAAUGGACGAAGCGGAGCUCGACGAUUGGGCGGGGGAGGAGGAGGAUUCGGCGGUGAUGAAGACGAUCAAGGGGGCGACGACGGGGUUGGCGGCGGGGACGAUCUGGGGCACGGUGGUGGCGACGUGGUACGACGUGCCGCGCGUGGAGCGGAAGGUGGCGCUCCCGGGCUUGAUCCGGACGCUGAGGAUGUGCGGCACCUACGGCCUCACCUUCGCCGCCAUCGGAGGCGUCUACAUCGGCGUGGAGCAGCUGAUGCAGAAGCACCGGAUGAAGAGGGACUUCAUCAAUGGCGCCGUCGGUGCUUUCGUCGCCGGAGCCACCGUUCACGGAUACAAAGGAAGAAGCAUUCAAACAGCCAUUUCUGCAGGGUCUUGUCUCGCGUUCACUUCCGCAGUGCUCGAUAUCGGGGGUCGGACAACAAGAGUGGACACGGGUAAAGAGUACUAUCCUUACACCACCGGAAGAAAGCCGCCUGCUACUCAAUAAUCUUGCAUAGAGAGCGCGAGCUCCUGAUACUCAUCUUGCAUAUAGUGUGCAGGUUCUUGAUACUCGCGACAGUACUACAGUUUCACAUCUGAGAGUACAUAUAUGCUUGUCUGUAAAACUAAUUACUGUUUCGGCGCUGAAUAGUUGUUCUUGUUCGUUAGGACUGAAGCGCAUUUGUAUUCUCUUCGUUGAUAAUGAUGAUGAUGGCUAGCUUGUUGCAUUGGUC